CGGCUGCUCAAGUUGGUUAAGUACCAUUACUAUCGGGGAGAGUUUGACAUUUAUAUGCCAUAUAAAUAAAUUUUAUCUUUUGUUCUGUGAUGCGCUGUGUGUGAAGAUCUGGAAAUAGAUCUAGAAGUGAACAGGUAGAGGCCUAACAGGUAUGUCCGUUAUCUCUGGGCUUGCGAUUUAGCUGAGGAAGGGGGGGGGGGGGUCGUGAAAGUGACUAGAACUAAACGUCUAUCAAAGCUGUUUUGUUAAUGCUUGGAUGAUUGGAAUGUUUAGACUUACGUUCACCUAUCGCCCUCAUUUCAAGACUAUUUACCUGAUCCAGGACUGAAGCCUGUUGUAAAAAAAAACAAAAAAAACAUCAAUGGUGCUGCCGGUGGUAAUGAUAAACCUUCAUCCAAGAAAUCUAUCCCGUUCAUUAUUGGAGAUCUCUACAAAGGUUUAUCAGGGAUAUAGUUGGAUGCUGAUAACCCAGCCUGGCUUACAAUUAAUGAAAUCUGGCGAAAAGUUCGUGAUAUUCGUGAUCUAAAGACAAAACAUAGAUACAAUCAGAUUCUCUUGGAUAACAUCAAACAACCUUAUGAGAUUAUCUACCCCCAGCAGCUGGACCAUGGAAGAGUCUCUGAUAUAUCCACACGGAAACAUAAAUUGAGACAUCAUGGUACUCAUGAACAUGUACCACAGCUAACUAUUCAGAUUGUCAUGGAAGGCAAGAAGUAUAGGAUUAAACUUAUUCAGAAUGAAGCAUUACUUUCUGCUGGUAUAGUUGUGAAACAUUAUGAGGAAAACAAUCAACAAGUGAUUACCAAGACUGUAGAACAUUGUUAUUAUCAUGGUCAUAUCAAGAAGGAUGAUUGGUCCAGUGUUGCAGUCAGUACAUGCAAUGGCAUUCGUGGUGUUAUUCAUCUGCACAAUGAAACUUAUGUGAUUCAACCAUUAAAUAAAGAUGAUGAUGCUAUUGAGCACCCUCAUGUUAUUUUCAAAGCAUCAUUCUCAAAUAAUGAAAGCUGUGGAAAUAGUCAGGGCUUGUGGUCUCCAUUUCAAGAACUUCACAAAGGAGAACUCAUCAAAAGAACCAAGUUUGCCAAUGCUCAAAAGAUUCACAAUCAAAGUGGUGAAACCAAGCAAAAGCUUUUGAAAAUUGCAAUGAUCUUGGAUAAGUCAAUGUAUAUGGGUCUUGAAUUUAGUCAACAACAUGUCAUCCAGUAUGCAGUAGAUGUUGCCAAUAUUGUAGAUCUUUACUUUCGCUUCCGUGAAAUAGGAUUUGAAGUUGCAUUAACAUAUUUAGAGUUUUGGAACCUGAGAAAUAUGUUUCCUGUUGUAAACAGUCACAGAUCUCUACUGAACAAUUUUAUUCUUUUUAAAAAUGAAAAACUUCAGAUGGACAAUGUCUAUGAUGCAGCAUUUUUUGUCACAGGUUUAGAUCUUGCAGGAGAUAAAGUAGGCAUAGCAGUACCAGAUUCAAUUUGUUCUACUAGAGGUGUAGCAGUUGUCAAGAGUGGUCGUCCAUUUGAGCCUCAGCAAACUGCUACCAUUUUAUCACAUAUGGCUGGACACAUCCUAGGGAUAAAGCAUGAUGAAGAAACAUUUUGGAGAGCCAUUUAUCAUGAAGGUGGUUGCUCUUGUAAAGAUGAAUUCGGAUGCAUUAUGUCAAGCAGUGUUCUUGGUGCUGGUGGUGUCCACUCCAGAAUGUUCUCAAACUGCAGUGUGUCUGACUUGGAUGUCAGUCUUAAUAUGGGCAUUGCAUCCUGUUUGUGGGGCGCCCCUAAAGGACUUACUGAAUUUAAGCAAACAUGUGGCAACAAUAUCAUUGAAAGAGGAGAAGAGUGUGAUUGUGGUAAUACGGAGGAAUGCCAAGCCAAAGAUCCAUGCUGUGAUCCCAACACUUGUCUUCUACAACCAUGGGCACAGUGUAGGUCAGGUCCAUGCUGCAGUAACUGCUCAUUUUUGUCAACAACACAUUUGUGUCGACCUCGUCAAUCGGAAUGUGACAUCCCAGAAUUUUGUGAUGGACAUUCAGGAAAUUGUCCAUUCAACACUUACAUUGAAGAUGGUCAUCCAUGUGCAGAAGGCACUGGCUAUUGUAUAGGGGGUAUUUGUCCAACUGUUAAUGUACAGUGUCAAGGCAUUUGGGGUGCAGAUGCAAGAAGUGGACAUGACCAGUGUUUUCAGCGUUUUAAUCCAACUGGAAAUUUUAAUGGUCACUGUGGUAAAGAUAAAUCAACUGGCAGCUAUGCCAAGUGUCAAAAUGAUGAUAUUUUAUGUGGACUUCUUCAUUGUGAAGGCGGGAGCUCAUCACCUAAAUAUGGCUCUGAUAAAGGCUUUUCAACAACUAAUGUCAAUGCAAAUAGCAUUGAAUAUGAAUGCAAAACAGUACAUGGCCCAGCUCUAAUGGAUAUGCCCCACAUGGGCAUGGUACAGGAUGGUACAAAGUGUGGACAUAAUAAAAUCUGCUUGAAGAAUGCAUGUGUCCAGCUUCAGAACAUACCAAAUUUCUUCUGUCCAACUGACAAUGCAUCAGUAAUAUGCACCAAUCAUGGUGUAUGUACACCUGGUAACCAGUGUUUCUGUGAACAUGGUUGGGAUGGCAGUGAUUGCUCCAUCAAAUUAAAUUAUUCUGCAGUGGAAAAGAAGUCCCCACUUUCCCACGUGUCUGCAUCAUCACUAGGAUCCACCACAACUAUAGAAAUGAAAGUGGCACCACUUAGUGAAAAAGAAUCCAACAAACCAGAAGGGAGCUAUCUAGCUGAUCUGAACACACCUGCAACCUCUCCUAUUGCUGAGAAUAAUGCUGGUAUCAGUACUACAUUGCUCAUUAUAAUUUUGGGAACAGUUGUUGGAGGCUUAUUUAUAGCAAUGGGUGUAACUCUUAUCUGUUACAGGAGACGCAGUCCAGUUAAAACUGUUUCAAACAGUUCCCAAAAAACUGAGAAAAAAAGGAGAAAGAAAGGAUGGAGAAGCAAGAAGUUGAGGAAUGAUACUGAAGAUGAAAGUGAAUUGAGUGAGCUACCUCCACCACCCAUCAUUGUUAUGGAUCCUGACAGUGUAAUGCCAGAAAAAGGAAUACUGAAAAACUCUACUGCCAGACUCACUGCCUUGGACCAUAGGAACAGCAGUGAUUCCAAUGGUGGGUCCCACGACAGUGUUGGUCCUUAUAUGUAUGAUGAGGAUGAAGAUGCAGAGGCAGAAGAAAUCUGUAACAUUUUCCGUGAGGAUUCCACUGAGAACAUGGACCAUCUUCAAGAAUCUGCCAGUUUUGAUUUUGUUAUACCACCUCCACCACAGCCACCUCCACCCCAGUUUCCUCUCCCUGAUUAUUAUCCAUCUCCAGCAAUGUUACGUCGCCCAGGGCAGCUUGAGGGUCAUUAUGAUUAUGAAAACCCUUACCAUCAGCAUAUCCACCUAUUGCCCCAACAACAGAUUCCAACUUGGAGAACUGCCCUUCCACCUCAGACACUGUCUCCACCUCAGUCUCGAAUCAUAAAGUUAAGAAAUCUCUCUGAGUUGGUUCAGCAGCUCAGCAACAAAGCCACCAUUGACCUGUCCCCAUCACCAGAUGAUCCGCCCACCAACCAACUGUCUCCUUCCACCUGUACUUCCGAAGAUGUCCGCAGCAGUGAAACAGAAACAGACAAAAUGUUCAAUAGAGCCUCACAUUCAGAUCAUAGCCCAACAUCUGUGACCAGCAGCUCCACUCAACAUACAUCUGGCCCUAGCUUUGGCAACCUCAGCCAGUAUUUGCUCAGGAGAAAUGAGUCCAUUACUAAAGGUGAACCUAAUGAGGAGGAGAAUGGCAUGAAAAGAGGAUACAGACCACAUGUGCCAGACCAUCGUACUGCACGAGACCAGUAUUUGCAAAACCAUAACGAUCUUAAUAUUGGUUAUCGACAAAGAAUUCUACAUAAGCCUCAUGAAGAUCCUGCAUCUAUUGAUAUGCCACCCCCUAUGAACCCCAUAAAUAUUCGCAAUAUCUUUACCCUGGGCCACACUCCUGGUUCAACGGUAAGUAGGGACAGUAACAAUACUUCUCAUGGGAGUUUAAAUGGUGACAACUGUUCUUUUACUGGAACUGGGAAUUCUAAAAAUGGAUACGAGAAAAGUUCUGGCUAUGGCAGCGAGCAAGAUCAUGAAUGCUUCAGUAUUGAUGGCCCUUCUCGUUCAGAGUCUCAUUCUAGAUCUGAGUCAUUGUCCAGGUCUCACUCAUCAUCUCCUCCCAGCUAUAGUGCUGUUAUCAGGACUGGCCCUAACAGAAUACAGCUUGUGCCAGCAGGUCAUCUGAUAGAGGAUGGCAGAGAGAUAGAAGGUAUUCAACAGGAACUGAAUAGGCUGUUAGAAAAUUUACCUCGCAUAAAUGCUGGCUCAUUUGAGCGCUCGCCUUUACAAUCUGGGGCUACUCCUAGCACACCGUUGACAGGUCCACUCCCAGCUAGUCGUCCAUUAAAGGAUGACUCAUAUGACAAUGGCACACCUUGCAUUGACCGAAGUCUGGAAGAAAUACCAGCUCAUUUCUCAGACAAAAAAUCAUGGUCAAGGAAAGCAAAGCGCCCUAUCAGUGUUGCUGUUCAGGGCAAGGCUGACAGCAAUUCUAACAGUAGCCUUGAUGAAGUGCAAUCUCUUAUUUUAGAUGGAAAAUCUUCUUAGUCUUAGUAAAUGGUGUAUGAUAAUAUUGUUUCCUUUAUGUUGUUUCAAAAUGAUGACUAUGUUUCAAUACCAAACUAAAUUGCUGUUGUUUGAACGAUUUUAUUAUUUACAAUGCAAAACCAAAACAUUAUUUAGUAUGGGGUUUUAGAUAUACUUUUAGAUUUUUGUCUAGGACAACCAUAAGGCUUUACAGAAUAAUAUUUAAGAAAUUUUAACAAUUUGGCCCAAAACCACUUUAAUAAAUUUGCUAACUACAUAAAACACUGAAUAAUGUCAAACUUUGUAUCAUUGAAUUUUUUGAAUGUAUAGUUGACUACUUUAUGGACUUGUUCACUUAAACAUUUUUUCAUUAAAAGUUGUCAAUGAAAUGGAUCAUUUCACAACCACAAAUUUUCACAAUGGGUUUAAAUUUGUGAAAUACCAGUUUAAAGAAUUUAUUUUUAACACUGGAAUUUUAAAUUUAGAAUUAAUAUAAUUGUAAAAAAUAUUGCAAUGUUGAAUGUAAGUGGACUGUGAAUUGUGAUUGCUUUCCUUUUUUGUUUUAAUAGGACACACCCCCCCCCCCCCUAUUACUUAAUUGAAAUUACAAGUGACUCCAAGAUAUGUUGAAUAAUAGAUAUUACUUUUUUUUUAUUGCUUCUGUAUAGGGCAUCUUUCAUUCUUACUGAAUGUUCAGAGCGUGAUGGUCCAAUCCCUUUGGGGUAGGGGGGUGUUAUGUGGCAGAAGGUUUCCGUGCUGCCUUUAGGUGCUCAAAAAGCAGCUCUGCUUGAGACAUAAUUUGAAUUUGAGCCCCCUUGAUUGGUAGCCAAGCUUUUUUUUACUGUCAGCACAGGUCCGAUGUAUAGCAGCAGAGAUCCACCCUGGGAUAGGAACACUGAUAAAUUAAUAGAUCGUUGCACAAUGUUUAUAUUAAUGUAAUAUAUUAACAUUUUCAGAAUAGAUAUAUUGAUGUGAUUGAUUUUUUCCCUUAUUAGAAUUGUUUAUUUGUAACUAUCGUCUACCCAUAUAUUUGUUCUAGUCAUUUGUAAACACUGGUUGUUAGCUGUUGAUUUAUUUAUAUUUUUGUUCAAAAGAAGCCAAAUUCAUUUUAUUGAUGUAAAUGUGUUUUAUUUAUUUGAAUAAUAUUUAAUAUGAAGUAUUACAUUGCCUUACAAUGUAUGCAAUGAUGACAAGUAUGAAACAUUUUAAUGCUUAGUCUGUACUAUUAUAUUACUUUUGAAAAAAAUUAAUUUGCUUUAAUGGUUUCAUUCUUAAUGUCCUAUGUUUAAAGAAUUUUUAUUCAGCACAUUGAGUAUUAUAAUAGUAUGGUAUCCCCCCAAAAAAAACUGCUUAAUUUUUACCCUUUUUUUUUACUUCUGAAAAAUAAAAAAGAUCUUACAGAGUUAAUGAUAAAAAUAUUUAAGUAAUGGCAUUCUGCAAUCUAUCAAAAAUGUUGACCAUAUGUUUUAUACAACAUAUUAUCAAAAAUGUUAAUCUUAAGUUAGUAGAUUUUUUGGUAGACUAGAACAAAAUGUAAUUUUUUAGCAUUAAAUAGAACUAAUGGCGGUAUUUCUAUCUCUAUUUCGCAUACAUUAAUUAUCACCUACAAUCAUCAUUUAUUAUUAUAGAUCUAUCUCAUAAAAGGUGUUGCUUUAUAUGCAUAAAUAUAAUCAAAGUUGCAAAAGAUAUCUGCAAAUCUGCUCUUUUUUUUUUCUCUAAACUGUCUGAUAUUUUAUUAGUUAAAAAUUUUCAAUUAAUUAUUUGCAUUCUGCAUUGCUUGUGGUCAAGUAUGGACAUGUGACUGUAGACUGCAAGAUAUUGUGGCCUUAAGACUUCACCAUUAUAGGUACAGCUUCCACCUUCAUUAGCACAUGUGUAUUUAAAUAUCAUCCAGUCUUAUUCACUAUGUCUAGAUGGCAUUUAAUGUACAUAUUUUGGAUUAGUAUUAACAAAGCUUUUUUUUAAUGGUAUCUAGCAGGUCUGACUUUUGAUAUUCUUAUGCCCUACACAAAAUAAAUGUUUUUAUUACCAAUUUACAUCUGCAUUUAUUAUAUUUUAUACAUUUUUAUAUUUUAUUGAUUUUCUGUUGUACUUAUUCCAAAAUCUUUAAGAAAUUUUGUUUGUUACCAAACAUCUUUAACAAAUGAAUAUAAUUCACUCAUUCAUUGACAUUUUUUUUUUACCAUUUGUUUUUUAAUGCUUUCUGUAAUUAAAUCAUUGUUUCAUGCAACACCUUUUUUUUUUCUUUCCUUUCCACUAGCAAAGAAAAUUUGAACACUGUAUUUUGUUCAUUUCAUAUUGAACUUUGAUUAUAUUAAAAAUCAACACUGUCUGAACAGUUGUAUAUGUUCAAUUAAUGUCUCAACUAGUUUGGUUGAGGCUAAAAUUUAAUUUGACAUAGUUUUCUCUAAACUUAUUUCUUUCAAGAUUUGUAUGAAUGAUAUGAUUUGGCUUUUAGGACCAUUCAUAGGUCUAUGGUUAGAAGGUGAGGCUUCAUUAAAUGUACUUGUAUCUUAGUCUUAUUAUUUCUUAGAGCUUCAUGUGCAUGUAUUUUUUUUUAUACUAAGCAGUCAGUGAUAGGAAUAAAAAGUAACAAAUUGAAAGGUAUAUUUCAAAACAUUAAUGAUUCACCUUCCUGCAGCCUAUUACAGAAUUGAAUGAAACAUUUUUAUAUACCAUUUUCUUUAUGCCAUCAUUUAAAAUAUAAUUAAAAUAUUGGUCAACAUUUAUUUGAAUAAACUUCAUUCAAUGUAAACUUCUUCAUAUACAAUAUUUAUAUUAAAUUUUUUAAUAUUUUUUUUUGCAAUACAAAAGACAAGAAAUGUAUGUAAAUAUGUAUUAUGUGUAGAUUGCUGAACCAUUAUGUUGUUGUAUUUGAUAUUGUUACUAGCUUUACUUAUGUGGUCUUUAAGUGUCAGUCAUGUUUUAGUCACAGGGUCAGUACAUGAUGUACAUAAACACACACAUCUUGUUCAUAUCAGUUGUGAAAUUUAGCCAUAUCAUGUUUUUAUACCAAUUUUUUUUUAAGUACUUUUUUUUUUAUUUGAAACGAAGACAGCUUUUUAUAAACAACUAUUUUUAGUGCUGGUUUUAUAAUUCAAUGCUGAAUUUUAUUUUGCUACAAGAAAUUUUACUGUUUAUUGCAUCAAUUUUGAAAUAUUUUUUUUAUUGGAGCAAACUGGAUCUCGAUAUUGUUUUGAUUAUUUUCACAUUGAUUUUUAUUUAAUGCUUAAGUACUUUGAUAUUAUUUUGAAUAAAUGUACACUACCCACUA